AUGGCUUCAUCACUGGACCCACCAGCAGGUGUAACGAGACCUAUAGUUUUCUUUGAUGUCAGUAUAGGUGAUACACCAGCAGGAAGAAUAAAGAUGGAACUGUUCUCUGAUAUUACGCCAAAGACAGCAGAGAAUUUUAGACAACUAUGUACCGGUGAACACAGAGUUAAUGCUAUACCGCAAGGAUUCAAGAAAUCUACUUUCCACAGCAUCCCACAAUUUAUGAUUCAAGGAGGUGAUUUUAUUCGAAAUGACGGUACAGGCUCGUUCUCUAUAUACGGAGCACAAUUUGAGGAUGAGAAUUUCAAAGUCAAACAUACCGGUCCAGGAUUAUUAAGUAUGGCGAAUUCAGGUCCUGGGACUAAUGGUUGUCAAUUCUUCGUCACUUGUGCUCCGGCAGAAUUCUUAGAUGGGAAACAUUGUGUUUUCGGAAGAGUAAUAGAUGGUUUAUUGACUGUUAGAAAAGUAGAAAACGUUCCUACAGGAGCUAAUAAUAGGCCGAAGUUGGUAGUUCGAAUAACUGAAUGUGGUGAGAUGUAA